AAAAUAUGACAUGUAAUAAAAUAUCAGACAUCAAAAGAGUCAGCGCCCGGGCAUCUCCUUAAUAAAUGCAAGGGGGAGCAUACGCCCUGAGUCCGGCCCACCGUGCCGAUUGGCUCGGGAAGGAGAGAAGGGCAAAACGGUUUGAAUAAAAAUCCCAAACGUUUGCUGGGGAGAAAUAUUAAUUCUGAACAUAACAUCAGGCUAACAGCUCAAGACCUAAAUUACGAAGAAGCAGAGAACUAGCUGCCGUGGUUCAGUCACAACCUCAAUCUGUUUAUAUAAACGUGCAAGUUGAUGUAUGCGCGUUUUAAACUUUGGAUUCAGGAGAAGGGUUAGGUCUGUUUGGAUAAGAGAGAGUUUAGAAAUAUGGUCCUAAAUCAAAGCCAUUCUCUGUUUUAUGUAUUCUUAAUGAGGAGGACAUACAGCAACGUGUAAAACCUCAGAGUGCCAAUGAAAAGUAAUUUUAAGACAUCCACUUCUUAACAACCGAUUUUAUUUAUUGCAGUAUUUAUUUAAUUUAUGCAAUUAAUUGCUUUUUUAUAGCUAUCUCAGAUCGUUGAAGAAACAAACAAAAAAAACGGCCGGAGAAUUUUAAAAUGAACCCCAGCGUGUGUUUUGAGAAGAGGAAGCGGACCUUGAAGCUGCUCUGCUCGGUGGCGCUGCUCGCGCUGUCGCUGUCCGGGAACGCGGACGGGAGGAAGGUGCGCGGCAGCCGCGCGCAGCCGAGACGCACACAGCAGCCUGCGCAGUUCAGGGAGAGGAGUGAAGCCACUGAGAGCUUUCCGCUGGAUUUCACGGCGGUGGAAGGCAACAUGGACAACUUCAUGACCCAAGUGAAGAACCUGGCGCAGUCCCUGUACCCUUGCUCUGCGCAGAAGCUCAACUAUGAUAUGAAGCUGCAUUUUUUGGAGAAUGCGACAGUCACAUGCAACGACGGGACCCCGGCUGGGUACUACAUGCGAGAGUCCAAAGGGAGCAGGAGGUGGCUCGUCUUCCUGGAAGGAGGCUGGUACUGCUUCGACAAGGAGAACUGCGGCAGCCGCUACGAGACCAUGAGGAGACUCAUGAGCUCCACCAAGUGGCCGCAGAGCAAGACGGGUACAGGCAUCCUGUCACCACAACCAGAGGAAAACCCCCACUGGUGGAACGCCAACAUGGUGUUUAUUCCCUACUGCUCCAGUGAUGUGUGGAGCGGUGCCUCGCCCAAGACAGACCAAAAUGACUACGCCUUCAUGGGGUCUCUGAUCAUCAAAGAGGUGGUGAAGGAACUUCUCACCAAGGGCUUGGAGGGAGCCAAGCUUCUGCUAUUGGCUGGGAGCAGUGCUGGUGGCACUGGCGUCCUGCUCAACGUGGACCGGGUGGCGGAGCAGCUGGAGGAGCUCGGCCACACCGGCAUCCAGGUCAGGGGCCUGUCUGACUCGGGCUGGUUCCUGGACAACAAGCAGUACCGCUGCACUGACUGCUCGGAUCCCAUCAGCUGCCCCCCCACCGAGGCCAUCCGGCGUGGCAUCAGGUACUGGAACGGUGUGGUCCCAGAGCGAUGCCAGAAAGAGCAUGAGGGGAAGGAGUGGAACUGCUUCUUUGGGUACAAGGUGUACCCCACCCUAAAAAGCCCUGUGUUCGUGGUGCAGUGGCUGUUUGAUGAGGCUCAGCUGACUGUGGACAACAUCCACCUGACAGGGCAGCCGGUCCAGGAAGGCCAGUGGCGCUACAUCGAGAACCUGGGCAACGAGCUGCGAAACACACUGAAGGAUGUCCCGGCCAUGUUCGCUCCCGCCUGCCUGUCUCAUGAAGUCAUCACCCGGACGUACUGGAUGGAUGUUCAGGUGAAGGGGGUCUCUCUGCCAAGGGCUCUGCAGUGCUGGGACCGUAGCCUCCAAGACAGCAGCAAGAACAAGUCCACGCUUAAGGGCUGCCCGGUGCAUCUGAUCGACAGCUGCCCCUGGCCCCACUGCAACCCCACCUGCCCCACCAUCCGGGACCAGUUCACGGGCCAGGAGAUGAACGUGGUCCAGUUCCUGAUGCACAUGGGCUUCGAUGUGCAGAAGAUGGCCCAGCAGCAGGGCAUGGACCCCGGGAAGCUACUGGGCAUGCUCAGUUCCGGCAGCUAAACAGACAGCCAGAAGCCCCGCCCUCUCAGUGAAACAUCCCUUCCCUCUCUUUUGUCCUUCAUACCAGCUGACCAACCAGCACCUUUCACCCAUCUACAGCCUGUCUUCUUUCUCUUCUAUUUAAAAUUCACACAAACCUACCCUGAUUCCAGCGCCCUGAACACAAACCCCGCCCAUUUCUAACAUAGCCACGCCCCCUCCCCCAGUAUCCGUCCCCUACGGCCCACCCCAAACCAGAGAUAUUGGACCCUAAGACAGGGAGCCGUCACCGUGGCAACAACACUGCCAGGCAGAACCGUCUGCUAAUUGCUCUCAAAAUGAUCUUUUGCUCGUAAAAGACUUAAAGAAACGCAUAACGUGACAAAUGUAAUGAAUGUAAUCCCGUUUUAAGGAUAUUGCAUUUUAAAUCAUUCUCUACAUCUUUAUGGAAAAAAAGCUCUGUAUGAUAAAUAUAUGGAGAAGCCAAGUGGACACUGUGGAAUCCUGUAGUCGACAGAUGCUCUGUCCUGCUUUUGAGGAGGACUCACCUUAGAGAUAUUUCCACUGCCACCAAGAACCAAACCGUACCACAAAGCGACAGUUUUACAUAGUAAAUUCUGUGAGCCGUACCGGGUUCAUGUGGCCCUGUGUGCUAUCAGGGCCCAAUGCAUGACCGAACAGAGCUGCUACAGAACAGCUGAACGGACUGGAUCCGUACUGCCGAUUUAUACAAGCGAAUGCUAAUUCCAUUGGCAUUUGAUGCUAACAUAACAUGGCGAUUUUCACAGACGUGCUAGCGCAGUAAUAAUAAUUGCAGAUUGUAAUUCAUGAUGCACAUCGGCGUGAACAGUAAACGAGCAUCUCUUUGGUUUUUCGUCGACCGUUGCUCUCCGAACCCAGAAACGCUUUUACUGAGCCGGCCCUUCUGCAGUGGAAAACCACAGCGAGCUGGAACCGUGCUGUAAGUUCUCUCUUCGCGGUACGGCUCUGUUCCAUUGGAAAAGCGCAAUUCGUUUGACAUUACACCAGUGUUUCAGAACCUUCAUUUUUCAGUCCAGGUGUGACUGGCCAGAGUGAGCCAGAAAGCUUAAUAUUUCCUGGUGUCUGUAUAAUAAAAAAAAAAAAUAGUUUCCAUCCAUGCUUUGGUAAUCUUGUGAGCAUGAUCCCUCUCUUGGCCACUUGGGGAACUGCAGGCCAGAGGGCCCCUUGUGGAUUCCUGUGGCCAGGUUAACACAGAUUAUGUGCUGCAUGGCCUGCAUGGUGAGCCGCGGAUGCAAAGGGUCACAGCUCACAUUGCUCUGUCAUCCCAUUGAACAUCCUCCUCCAGCUGUUCAUAACCCGCUGUGUAUUGCUCUAGGUGACCCCUCCCCCCUGACCUCUCACCCCUCCCUCACGAAGGGUCAGAACCUUACUUUCCUUUACAGGAGCUUUUUCUACCGAACAUGGUUGACUGGUUAAAACACGUUCAACAGGAAGCCACUUUUCACAUGGCGACAGAUGGUUUUAUAUAUGAUUAAUAAAGACUUCGUAACAAGCAGAAAAAGGAGUAUAAGUAAUUCUAUUUUGUUCUGUAACAUAUUUUUUAAACAAGCUAUUUCAGUAAAUUUACAUAUUUAUUUUAUUAUGUAAAUCAUAUUUAUAAGUGCUAUUCAGACAGAGAAGUGAUUCUUUGUAAAUUGUAAAUAUGUUUCUCUUGUGUUCUGACCGCAUGUUUUCAUAACAAAUGUAAAAAAGAAAACAACAUAAAACUACAGCAAAACCAAAA